AUGUCCGGCUCCGUGCCCACGGGCGAGAUGCCCGCCGCCCUGGUACGACAGCUGCGCAUUGUCGCUCCCGCUCGCGGACCACCCAAUCACCUCACCAUCGGGCCGCUCUUCCACAACUUCUCCAGCCUGCUGUCGCUCGUCGUCACCAAUUCCGGAGUGCCUGCUCUCGGCUCCAGGUCCUUCGUCGGACUCAUCGCGCUCCAAGAGCUAAAUGAACUGCGAUGCUGUGGCUGCCAGUUGGUGUCAUUGUCUUCUGUGCCAGCACUGCCACAGUUGCGCCUACUUGAUGUAUCGGAUAACCUGCUACAACAGAGAACAUUCCCAGCAGCAGAGGCCUCACACCUCUGGCCAGAGUUGCGGGAGCUGUCACUUGCGGGAAACGGACUGACGUCAGUACCAGUGACAGCACUGCCGGAACACCUUGGCACCAUGUCACUGGCACGUAAUGAGCUGGCUGGGCUGGGUGCACUCAAACUGCCCUCGUGGCUGCGUGAGCUGGACUUGUCUAGCAAUCCACUUGCAUCUUCUGCUGUUAUUCAACUUCUACAGGAGGAGCGGCAGCUUCGUAACUUAUCUGUGGCCUACACUGGUUUGUCAGAGAUACCAAGUUCAGCAAUCCCUGCUGUGUUAAAGCUGCGGUUAUUGGAUCUUAGAGGAAAUCCAUGGAUCUGCACUGAGUGUCAUGCUGCUCCACUAUUGAUAGCAACAGAGAAUGGGGAUUGCACUUUCGUCACCAUUCACUGGCCUACUUGCCACUGGCCUUCAAGUACUGAUGGACUUGUACUUUCCAGUUUGAGAGUAGAGCAGCUUCCUCCAUGUGAAGUGUACAGGAUUAAUAAAAAUGGUGGGAUAUUUGGAGACAGUGAAAUAUUUGCUGCAGUAAUGGGGGUUUCUCUGCUAAUACUGGCAGUAGCACUAAUGGUCAUUGCUGCUGUACUUUAUCGACGUUAUUAUGUGGCCCAUUACUACACCCAUGAAGAACUGCAUGGGCCAAUCUCAAAUAGCUCACCAGAAUUUGCCGAUGAUACAAACUAUAAUCUCUACUGGCCUUUAGUUUCGAGUACUAACAUGAGUUCAAUUGAAAAGUUGUCUUCAUUUAAUGGAAAUGGAAAUUUUAUCACUGUCUCAUGAAACAGACAGUGAGGAAGUAUGGCUAGAAGAAACUUGAAGACUUGUAAGAUGAACCUGUUUUGAAAGAAUCUGAUCAGGGUACAAACUGCAAAGCGUAUGAAUUGAUGGUAAUUAUAAUUUAAUGUAAGAUGUAAUGAGCAGAUCAACCUUGGAAAAGAAGUCCAAAUAAUCUUGGUAUAUUUCAAAACCAAAAGGUUUAUCAGAGAAAGAGAAUGGACCAUUGAGGUUUGCUGGUAGUACUGAUGACAGAAACAGAAUGGGUAACAGGAAAACAAAAAUGAGACAGCUACAUAACUUGAAACAAGUGACUGAAACAUUGGAACAGGAAUACAAAAGUAACUCGUAACAUAGGAAAUGGGAAAGAGAUCAGAGAGGACAGUUCAGCAGGUCGAAGUAAGUCAAUACAUCAUCACUGGCAUAAUUACUGCCUUUACUGUCAUCAUUAUAAAUAGAGGCAAAAACAAUUUUGU